GCCCCGGCCCCUCCUGCCGCCAUCGCCGCGAGCCGCCACCCGCCGCCGCCGCGCGCCGCGGCCGGACCGGCCCGAACCGGCCCGAACCGGAACCGGAACCGGAACCGGAACCGGAACCAGAGCCGGAACCGGCCCGAAGCGGGCGGCGCCGCCGGCCCCGCCGGACCCUCCCGCCGCCAUGGGGGCCGGGGGGGGCCGGGGGGGCCGCUGCCGCCCCCCGGAGCGCGGGGGCCGGGGCUGAGCCCGGGGCCGGGGGUCGGGGCCGGGACCCCGCCGGGGGCCGGGGGUCGGGGCCGGGGGUCGCGCCGGGCCCCGCCAUGGGCUGCAACAUGUGCGUGGUGCAGAAGCCGGAGGAGCAGCACCGGGUGAUGCUGCAGGUGAGCGGAAAGGAGGGGCCGCGGCGGGGGCCGGGGCUGGAGCCCUGCCGGGGGGGCCCACGGGGGUCCAAGGAGCCGCUGGUGCUGCAGGUGCUGCGCCGCAGCCCCCGGGGCCGCCCCCCCGCCGGCGGGACCCCCCUGCUCGGAGCUGCGGCCCCCCCGCACCCCUGGGGGGGGCCGGGCCCCCCCCAGCCGCUGGCCUGGUGGACAGCGGGACCCAGACGGACAUCAGCUUCGAGAGCCGCCUGGGCCCCGGGCGGGGGGCCGGCAGCCCCGGGGGGCCGAGCCCCCCCCACUCCCCCAUGACUAUUUUGACCCCACGGAUCUGGGGGAGCCCGAGCGCCCCGAGGAGCUGGAGUAUGAGGAGGUGGAGCUGUACAAGGCCAGUCACCGGACAAGCUGGGGCUCACCGUUUGCUACCGCACCGACGGGGAGGAGGACGCCGGCAUCUAC